GAUAGUAGAAGCUCAUUCCUCGACACCGUUUCCAAUCAUUUCUUCCAAUUGACAGGACACGAAGGCAGAAACAAACCCUCACACGCUAGCACCUUGAGUUCACCUCAAACCCAACGCUUCUACGGCCGCUCAGUGACGACAGCAGCUAGUCGCAAGUGCCGUGCCCUAACAAGGCUGGGCCCACGUGUACUUUCGCAGCGCGGGCGCCUGGGAUCGCGUUCCAAGUUGGUAAAUCUCCAGCCGUACGGCGCUAUGAGUUUGACCUCACUCACUUCAAUUCAUGCAUCAAACAGCCGAUUGAGGCCCCUAUACCGCCACACCUGCUGACUGAGGCCAGAAGCCAGGCGAACCAUUAUAAGGCACACUGCCUGCCUCUCACAGGGCGGCUUUCACAGCUUUCCAUCACCAUCAGCGCGCCCCGACAUCGCCACUGCUCGCCUGCCUACCCGCCGCUCACGCAUGCCGUCCGCCACAGCUUGGCCGUGACCGGGAUUGCCACAUCGCUUUGUCAUUCACGGCGCCUCGACUCAGCACUCGGCAGCCGAAGCUGCGCAUGCUCUUUCCUACGAACCGCAACCAGCAACGAAGCAGAUCGACCUAGCCUGCCGCUGGGAAAUCAGCAACAAUGGCCGCACGAAAGUUGCAGCAGGAGGUGGACAAGUGCUUCAAGAAGGUGUCAGAAGGUGUGACGGAGUUUGAAGCAAUCUACGAGAAGAUUGAGCAGUCAACAAAUCCCGCACAAAAGGAGAAGCUAGAGGACAACCUCAAGCGUGAAAUCAAGAAGCUCCAAAGGCUGCGCGAUCAGAUCAAGACAUGGGCCGCCAGCAAUGACAUCAAGGACAAGGCUCCGCUCUUGGAGAACAGAAGGAAGAUCGAGACGCAAAUGGAGAAGUUCAAAGCCGUCGAGAAGGCGAUGAAGACCAAGGCGUACUCGAAAGAGGGGUUGUCAGCCGCGGCGAAACUGGAUCCGAAAGAGCAGGCCAAGGCCGAGGCGAGCGAGUUCCUGGGGUCAACAAUCGAUGCGCUGGAGCUGCAGAUUGAGGCACUAGAGGCCGAGGCCGAGCAAAUACAGGCCACCGUCAAGAAGGGCAAGGUGACGGGAGCCAAGGCCGAGCGUAUGGCCAGGAUCGAGGAGAUCAUCGAGCGGCACAAGUGGCAUCAGGGCAAGCUGGAACUCAUCAGGCGCUCGCUGGAAAACGGCGGCGUCGAGACGGACCAGGUGACGGACCUGGAAGAGAGCAUCAAGUACUACGUCAGCGAUGGUAUGCAGGACGACUUUAUGGAGGACGACACUCUGUACGACGACCUGGCUCUCGGCGAGGAGGAGGACGCAUAUGGCAUGAGCCAAGACAACGACAAGAACUCGUCCCAGGACAACCAGUCGGUACAAGAGGAGUCAACCGAGGAUACGAGACCAACACCCUCUGUGCCGCCAGCGAAACCACGAACCGCGGCCGAAGCCUCCAACGCUGGGCAAAGGAGACCAUCAACACAGAUGAAAUCACCGCUACCUACGCUAGCCACCCUGCACACGCCUUUGCCGACCAUUAGCAAUGUUCCGUCAAGUAGUGCGGGCAUGAAGCCUGCGCCAGCACCGGCACGCCCUGCAGGAGAGGGGUUGAAGUAUGCCUCAGCCGCCGCCGCGGCUGCGGCCAGCGACAGGAACAACGUUGGUAUCGCGCCGCUGCCUCCGCCGCCAGGAGCCCCGGUCAUCUCGCCCAUGCCCCCAGUUGUGAACAGGCCCAGCGCGGCCAACUCCCCGAACGUCAUUGCAGCGCAACCCGCGCCCUCAAGCAGUGCGCAAUUGCAGCCGCCAUCGAGCCUGACGCCGCAACAAAUCUCAGCACAACUUGCCGGAAAGGAGAACGUCAAGUCCGCUUUGAGCCGGAGCGCAGGGAAGGCUCCGGCAACGAACUCACCUGGCCCGGAUCCGGCAGAAGCGAGCAAAGGUGCGAACGGUGUGUCGAAUGGGGUCAAGACGAAGGCAAAGGGCAAGGCUGCCAAGGCGGCAGCUGCGGCACAGGCACAAGCGGCGGCAGCGGCAGCAACUGCAGCGGCAGCUGCGGCACAAAAGGCACAAGAGGAGGCGGAAGAGGAGUCUAUCUACCACCUGCCCGCUUCGCUACGGGACCUGGUGGAGUCGUUUGAGAUGGCCAAGAAGCGAGCGGGAUCGGUGAACUCGGCGGCGACGCUGCAGGCACUGGCACAUUCGCAAGCGACGCAGCCCGACACUUCGGACGCGGACCCACUACCAGCAUACCAGCCCGAGAUGCGCGUACAGUCGUCUUCAGAGUACCCUCAGGAGCCGCUUCCGAUCUUUGCCGACGUGCGCCUCUACAACCGACUGGACACGGAUACGCUCUUCUACAUUUUCUACUACAAGCAGGGGACAUAUCAACAAUUUCUGGCGGCUAAGGCGCUUAAGGAACAGAGCUGGCGCUUUCACAAGCAGUACCAAACCUGGUUCCAGCGCCACGAGGAGCCAAAGAACAUUACGGAGGAGUUCGAGCAAGGCACCUACCGAUUCUUUGACUACGAAAGCACCUGGAUGAACCGCAGAAAGGCCGACUUCAAGUUUGCCUACAAGUAUCUGGAAGAUGAUAUCUAGAUUUCUAGUUAUCUAGUUAUCAUAUCCAUGCCAGGAGCGCAUUCACCGACCCCCUUGUGCUCGUCUGGUCGAGGCCCAACUCACUUGUGAACCGGAAGCUCUCGGCACGCGUUUCUUCAACUCGAUGCGUGUGAGUUGUUCGGUUGGGUCUUGGGGUAGGUAGUGCUCUGCUUCGGCUUCGUCGACAUGCCCUACAUGGAAAUGAGUAGAAAGUGGGGCAGACGGGGGGUCUGCCAAUUUUUCCUGUUGCGUUUGAAGUCUCUCCCAACUCUCGGCGUGUGUUCCUUUUUGUUAGGGAGCCUCUUGUUAAGCAAGGCUCUGUGUCUUUUUAUGUUUUAUUGUCGGAUCAAGUGCGUCAGGUGUUUUCAUUCUCUCGUCUCGGUGCAGACAGAUGGAGCCCAACGGGUACACGGGUCGGCCGCGUCAUGCGGAAGGCUCUUAGCGGAAAUCGAGAUCAGCAUGCAUCUCUACUUUGCUCCUCGUCUGGCC